AUGGAGAUGUUCCUUAGAAAAUAUCUAAAAGUUCGGAGAUUUUCUGGAGGAGAAACUGUUCGAUAUACACCAUUGGAACAAACAGGUUUGCUUCUUAUUUUUUUUUAAAAUCAAAAACAUCAAAUUUUUCAGGAGAAGAUGCUGAUAAUGGAAAUUCGCCAGAAAAUGUUUAUUUGAAUACUUUUGAUAUAAAUGAUCCAGAAUAUCUCUAUUUCAACCAUCAUAUUCAUAAAUAUACGAAAUUGUUCUCGAUCAUUGCUUGGUUUAUAUCGUUCGUAUUCGUGGAAUAUUUAUGGGAUCACGUUGAAUCGAAGUUCGAUUUUAAAAAAGAAGCUAUCAAAAGUCUUGGUUGGUGGACUUUUUUCGAUCCAAAAAACGUGUUUCUAUUUUUGCAGCCUUGAUAUUGGCUUUAUUCAUUUCAUAUAAUAUCAUGACUUAUUGUAUAUUUAAUGGAAUCGAUAAAGCGAACACAAUACUAUUACAAUUUGCUUUAUCGUUUUUCUGUUUUCUUGGUAUGUUCGAGAUUAGUUAUUGGUAUUGGCAAUGGAUUCCAAAGGGAGAUCAUCAUAACAAUUUGCUUGCUGUGAGUUUUUCUACUCAUAUUUCAUUUAAAAAAAAAACAUUUAUUUUUCUACCAGACAAUCAAAUUAUUUAAUUUUUCAGGCGUUUGGAGUAAUGUUUACUGGAAUUCUACUUAUUUUAUUUCAAACUAUGUUUGUCGCAUCUAUUUAUCUGUGAGUUUUUAUUUGCAACAUUUUCAUCCUGAAAUCAUAAAUAUUAUUUUCUUUUUCCAGCUCUUUGAAAUUUUUUGAAGAUCUCAAAGUUCAUCAAUCUUCGGUGGUAUUAGCUGAAAAACUGGUACGUUUUUAGAUUUUUUGGAAAAAGGGUCAACAUUUGAAUUUUAAGCUCAGAACCAGUAAGAAAAGAAAUGAACAAAUUUCUAUUGAAAUUUAUAUUUCCAAAUGUAUUUUUCUGUGUAUUUUCUACACAUCAUUUCUCGAAGAUCCCGUUUUAGAAAAACCUGUUCAAGUGUUCAAAAUUUUUGUUUCAAAAAAAAUCAAUUUUUAAAAAUAGAAAAGUUUUGUUGUUUAAUACAAGUUUUUCUAGUUUUAUGCAAUCCUACUGUAGUCUGUUUUUCGAUGUUUGAAUUUUUGCAGAAAAAGGAUAAAGGACUCAAUAUAAUUUAUAAAGGAAAAUAUGAUCGAAUUCCGGAUGGAGUAGUUAUUGAAGAAUCAAGGAAAGGCUAUGACAAUUGGCUUCUACGACUAUAA